CGAUGGUCAUCGUUCGACUUCUCCCUACUUCUCCCUCUUCGGACAGGUUGGAGUUUCAGAGAUGAAGACAGGGGUGAAGUCUACAAUCGCACUGGUUUUCCUUCUUCAGGGCCUGCUGUCGCGUGCGGACGAGGUACACUCGCACCAUGUCCCUCUUGGCUACAUAUCUCCAGCCGUCUCGCCCGUCUCGUCCUCCAACGCAGACUCCAAGCAGCCGCAAAACUACUUGGCUAAAUAUGGGCCCCAAUCCGAUCUCUCCUACACAGGCCCACUGUCCUUCUCACACCUUGAUUAUGCUCGCUGUCUCGAUGACCCAUCCACGUCCUAUGAUAUCGCCAUCUUCGGCAUGCCAUUCGAUACCACGACUUCGUAUAGGGCUGGUGCGCGGUUCGGGCCGCAUGGAAUCAGGCUGGGGAGUAGGAGGCAAAGCGAAGUGUGGGGGCACUCGUUAGCAUGGGGGAUGAACCCAUAUGAGGGAGUGAAGGUCAUGGAUUGUGGCGAUGUCCCGUUGAGCGCAUACGAUAAUUUGCUCGCGUUGGACCAAAUGGAAGUCGCAUAUGAUACUCUGCUUUCCCAUUCCGUCUCCAAAUCCAACUGGACCCAUCCUAAGAUCGUCACACUCGGUGGCGACCAUACGAUUGUCCUUCCCAUCCUUCGUUCUCUCAACAAGUUCUAUGGCCCCGUCUCGGUCAUCCACUUUGACGCGCAUCUUGACACCGGAGGCCCCAAGCGCGUACCUGCUCCACCAAAGCCAGACCCAGUCACCCAUGGAAGUUAUUUCUUCGUCGCGAAUGAGGAAGGACUGAUGAUCAAGGAUACGAAUAUUCACGCGGGGAUUAGGCAGAAGAUGCCGGGGGAGAGCAGCAUGAAGAAUGACCUCGACGUCGGCUUCAUAAUCAUUUCUGCUGAAGAUAUCGACGACAUUGGAGUCAAUGGAGUUAUCAAGCGCAUUCGGGAUCGUGUGGGGAAUAAUCCUGUAUAUCUCACGCUUGAUAUCGAUACCCUCGAUCCUAGCAUGGCUCCCGCAACUGGUACACCCGAAAUUGGAGGAUGGACAAGCCGUGAAGUGAAGCGAAUUAUCCGGGGUCUUUCCGGGUUAAAUUUCGUUGGUGCUGAUCUAGUCGAAGUUGCGCCCGCGUAUGAUAAUGCCGACAUCACAGCUAUCGCAGCCGCGGACAUCAUCCACGACUUCCUAGGUGCGAUGAUGAAUUCGAAGCCACCAGGCUCGCGGGAUGAGAGGAAGGCUUCGAAGGCGGCGCAGGAAUUAUAG